AUGCGUGAUAGUCAGGAUGGACCACAUCAAUAUCAUUCUUCCAGGAGACAUGGCUCUAAUAGUAUUUACCACCAACAAGAGAGCGACCGUCAUUACAAUGACUUCGCCCACGCCCGGCCGAAUGAUCAGAUUGGUUCGCCAGGAAGCGCAAGAAGAAGGUCGCUACUCUUGACUUCCCCUCAAGCUCCAAUCUCUCAAUCGCCGAGCGGCAGCCGACCACUGAGGAUCCAGCCGGAGGGAUCGGCGCAUCAUCGAAGCUACUCCCGGCACGAUGAGAAUAGUGAUGUCGAUCUGAGUUCAACCUUCGGGAAUUUCGGCUUGACUGAGCAAGAAGAGCUUUACAACCGCCAGAGCCAUCCCUUCAACUCUGGGGAGGUCGACGAAUGUGACAAAUACAACCCACUCGUCUUACAUCAUGCCAGGCGACAAUCCAUCAUUCAACCGCAUGCCUUAUCCAGCUGGCACAACGGCCAUCUAUCACAGUCGCCUAGAAUGUCUGACGAUCACAGAGUCAGAGAUGACCAUGCCACUCACGAGCCUCCUCAGCGCAAACAAGGACUCCGCUAUCACCAAGGCUUGUGGCAGAUGACUGGCAAAUCCGGGGCGGUUAUUCCGAAGGCCACCACAAGCCCAGCAUCUACCACAAUGUCCAAAACAUCGGCCCAUGCGAUUAUUUCUCCGAGUUCAUCUCGUUCCUCAAGCUCCAGCACAGUCAUAUCACCCUUGUCGCCUGGUUUUUCGCGGGAUGGAAGAGGUUUUUAUGAGAGUCAGUCUAGUGGUGAAGCCCAAGAAGCACAGCAGGGCAAUUCGAGCAACUGUCGAAAAUCAUUUCCUGGAGAGUCGUCGAUGAAUUCAGAUUUGGUAGCUCGAAGAAGAUCGUGUACUGUGGCCGCACCACCGACAUUACUCAACAGCAUUUUCCAGCGGGUCCGAAACCCACAAGAUUGUUUACCGCUCGGCAUGCGCUCACCAUUGUCAUUGACGGAUGAGGACCUCAAGACGUUCGGGAUGUCGGACUCUCAGCUUGUGAAGCAUCAAACCAAACAGGACUGGAGCCAAGGCCGAGCCGAUCGAUCGGCUUCUGUCGCCGGAAUCCCGCUCAGUCAACCUUCCUCGUCCAGCAUGGUGACCGGCAACAGCGCACCAAAUGGCUAUCGCGAUGGGCGUCGGGCAAGCAAUGGUACGGAGGAAGGGUAUCAAGCACGAGACAGGUUCAGCGGCCGGUUCAUCCAUCAGGUCACCUUCAGCUUGGACGAGAGUCACAAGAGUGGACUACAGGCGAUCUUGGUCCUCCGAAAGCUCACCAACGGCCUCACCUCGACCAUCCAGAAGCCUGCCUCCUCACCCGUCCAUCCUUCGCGCUCCUCCCCACCAAACAUCCCAAUCCCCAGGAUCUCCCAUCGCUAUCCCGAACAUUCUACCCCCACCACCGUCCUCGUCAAUGGUCGCCCUCAAACCGUACUCGUCCAGAAAAUCAUCCCCAGCGUCGUCAUCGAUUGGUCCGAUGGGGCCCGUGAUCAAUUCGACCCUACCGGGAUGAGCUUGCAGGAAAUCCUCGAUCGCUGUCACUUUCGUCCCUCUUCUUCCCCUUGA